GCACUAAGCAGUACAGCGCUACCAGGCGCUAACGUCCGCGCCACCCCCGUAUUGUACGUCGCCCGCCCGCAUACAACUUCUGUCCGCUUCGAGUUCACAGACACUCUUUAUUUUAUUCCACGGCCUCGUCUCUCAGUCGCAUUUCGCCGGUUGAACACAGUGCUCGUUUUAUCCUUAUUUUCUCCAUUCCAUAAACCUAGAAACCUAAAAAAUGGCCUGCUCCGUGAGUGAUGCCCCCUCCCUGAAGGAUCUCCCAAAGGUUGCCACUGACCUCAAGAGCCAGCUCGAAGGUUUCAACACCAGCUGUCUUCGCGACGUCGACACUAACGAAAAAAUUGUGCUUCCAUCUGCUGAAGACAUUGCGCAAGAGAAACAGCACAUAGCACUUCUUGAAGACCUAGAGAAAUUUCAACCUUCCCUUUUAAAGAAGACCGACACUGUCGAAAAAAUCGUUCUUCCAAACGCAUCGGAUGUUGCCGCUGAAAAAAAUCAAAAGUCAUUAUUUGACGGCAUUGAAAAGUUCGACGCCAGCAGACUGAAACACACAGAAACACAGGAAAAGAACCCUCUCCCAGAUAAAGAUGCUAUCGAAGCGGAAAAGGAGAAGAACAAAUUCCUGAACGGCAUUGAGAACUUCGACCCCAGCAAGUUGAAGCACACCGAGACCUGUGAAAAGAACCCUCUACCAACAAAGGACAUUAUCGAGCAAGAAAAGACUGCUUGAAAUGCACAUUUAAAUAAUCAACCGCAAUUAUAUCUCGCUAGUAUCGCCGUAUUUUAGUAUCAGUAUAAGUUUUUGUAAGUAAUAGGCCCGUUUGCGUCGUCCGUUUGAUUUUACCAUUCUUUAAAUAUUAAAUGAUAAAAGUUUUUGAACGUACUUUACACACUCGCCUAUAAAAUAAGGAUAACUAUCUGGUAACCGUUUACAUACUGUGUUAUGUGAAUGAGAUGAUAUAUGCACACACAAACGUCUGUUUUUUAGUGUCGUUGCCUGUGCUUCCAAUUUCUACAAUAUUACCUUAGUCUAUGGAUACCUUGAAACGGGCUUCGUGAACUGGUCAUUAUCAUUAGUAUAUAGGAACCAAAUUUUCUAUGUCACUUUUAACAUGAUAUGAUAUAUAAUAAGUGUAUUUUAUGAGCAUUUUAUUUAAUUUAUAUCGAGGUAAUUAUUAUUAAGAUUCAGUACUGAUUUUAUAUUAAGUUGGGGACACACUGCACUCCAAAUUAAUUUAUAACAUUUAUUUAUGUAAAAAACCUUGCUUUGUGUGCUUGUGUUCUCCAUAUUUUAGUUGAGAUAUAAUUAGAUGACUGAGAGAAUCGUGCAUCGAAUUCGUAGCGUUUCAGAUCAAUAAAAUUAGGAGUGUAGUUACCGAGUACUAAAGUCAAAAUUUUAGAAUAUUUCUGCAUUAUACUGUAACACUGUUUAAAAUACCGAAAAUGGUAUUUAGAAUGGUGACCAAAACGGUGUAUUGGAAUGCUAUUAAAUAAUAAAGCAAUAUUUUCUUUUCUUAUGAUACGAACAAUAAUUUUUAUACUCAUAUAUUGCAUUGUGUAUAACAAGCAACAAUUCCCUUGUUCAAUAUUUCAAUAUGCUAAUGAUGCCAAUAAAAUUUACAUUUUAUCGACAUUUUGUAUGUUUUACAGACGGUGCUUUUUAUAAAUAUAAAAUGG